AUGGCCAGACUGCCGGCCAGCGAGCCUAGGCGGCAGGCGCAGCCCCAGCAGCCGCCGCCCCGCGCCUCCCCCAUGAGCGGCGGCGCCGACCCGGAGGGCAUGAAGGAUCUGGAUGCCAUCAAGCUGUUCGUGGGCCAGAUCCCUCGCAACCUGGAGGAGAGGGACCUCAAGCCCCUCUUCGAGCAGUUCGGCCAGAUCUACGAGCUCACCGUGCUCAAGGACCGCUACACCGGCAUGCACAAAGGGUGCGCUUUCCUGACCUACUGCGCCCGAGACUCUGCUAUCAAAGCUCAGACUGCCUUACACGAACAGAAGACGCUGCCGGGGGUAAGUCACCCAGUGGAGCUGGCAGCAGAGUCG